GGAUCUUCAUGCCAAAGCGGCGCAAACAACGCCCGGCAGAUAUCCUAACCACAAGCAGGUCUCAAGACUCAGCCAUACCAUUACCUAAAAGGCAGAAGAGUGAACGGAUGGACUUUGAAAGCGAUUUGACCGAUUUUGAGGAAGAUGUAUCAGAGCAGAAAUUGCAGGUACUCAAUCUAGAACUGUACCGUGUCAGCAGUGCCAGUCACGAAAACACCUAGUCAAACACAUAAACGCAUACUUUUAGAAUAGACACUGUCCCCAUAGAAACUGUUCCCAAAAUGGAGCCAUAUACGAUGGCCGAGUGCGGGCUUGGAAAUGGUCGAGUUCCGAGGGUGCGACUGUGUGAUGG